AGUUCAGGGAAAGAGAAACUGAAGUGUAGUUGAGCUGUUGUGUGUUUGUGUCUCUGUAUUCAUGCAGGAAAAUGGCAGAAGCCAGAAUUUCUCAAGAUGAGUUCUUGUGUGCAGUGUGUCUGGAUCUCCUGAAGGAUCCAGUGACCAUUCCCUGUGGACACAGUUACUGUAAGAUCUGUAUUACAGGUUGCUGGGAUCAGGAGGAUCAGAUGAGAGUCUACAGCUGCCCUCAGUGCAGACAGACCUUCAGUCCAAGACCUGCUUUAGCUAGAAACACCAUGCUGGCUGAAGUGGUGGAGAAACUGAAGAAGACCAAACUUCCUGCUGACUGUUACGCUGGAGCUGGAGAUGUGCAGUGUGACGUCUGUACUGGAAGAAAAUACAAAGCUGUCAAGUCCUGUCUGUUGUGUCUGAACUCUUACUGUCAGAAUCACCUUGAACAACACGAGAGUUUCUUUAAAGGAAAGAAGCACAAUUUGACUGAUGCCACUGGACGACUGCAGGACAUGAUCUGCCAGAAACAUGAGAAGAUCCUUGAGCUUUUCUGUCACACUGAUCAGAAAUGUAUAUGUAUGCUGUGUAUGGAUGAACAUAAAAACCAUGAGACUGUAUCAGCUGCAGCACAGAGGACAGAGAAACAGAAGCAGCUGAAGGAGACGCAGAAGACGUUCCAGCAGAGAAUCCAGCAGAGAGAGAAAGAUCUUCAGCAGCUGAGAGAGGCUGUGGAGUCUCAUAAGCGCUCUGCACAGACAGCAGUGGAGGACAGUGAGAGGAUCUUUACUGAGCUCAUCCGCUCCAUUGAGAGAAGCCGCUCUGAGCUGAUACGACUGAUCAGAGAUCAGGAAAAGCGAGCGGUGAGUCGAGCUGAAGGACGACUGGAGCGACUGGAGCAGGAGAUCAAUGAUCUGAGGAGGAGAAACGAUGAGCUGGAGCAGCUUUCACACACACAGGAUCACAUCCAGUUCCUGCAGAGUUUCCAGUCUCUCUCAGCACCUCCUGAAUCUACAGACGUGAAUGAGGAUCUCUUCAGUUCUCUCUUCUCUUUUGAUGCUCUGACAAAAUCUGUCCGUCAGCUGAAAGACAAACUGGAGAAUUUCUGCAAAGAGGAGCUCAAGAAGAUCUCAGACAGAGUCACAUUCACCAACAUUGUUCUCUGGACCAGGAACGACUUCCUACAAUAUUCCCAUCAGCUCACUCUGGAUCUGAACACAGUGAAUAAACGCCUCCGUCUGUCUGAGAACAACAGAGUGAUUACUAACACUGGCACAGAUCAGUCGUAUCCUGAUCAUCCAGACAGAUUUGAUUAUUGGGAGCAGGUGUUGUGUAGAGAGAGUGUGUGUGGACGCUGUUACUGGGAGAUUGAGUGGAGUGGAGAUAGAGGUGUGCGUAUAUCAGUGUCAUAUAAGAGCAUCAGCAGGAAGAGACGGGGUGUUGAGUGUUGGUUUGGACAUAAUGAUCAGUCCUGGAGUUUGUACUGCUCUUCCUCCAGUCUCUCAUUCAGACACAAUAACACAGAGACUGUUCUCCCUGUAAAGUCCAUCAUUCGUAGAAUAGGAGUGUUUGUGGAUCACAGUGCAGGAACUCUGUCCUUCUACAGCGUCUCUGACACAAUGAGCCUCAUCCACACAGAACAGACCACAUUCACUCAGCCGCUCUAUCCUGGGUUUUUUGUAAAUUAUAUUGGAUCAUCAGUGAAACUGUGUUGAUGAAUCAGAAUAGAUUGAUGAGAGAUUCUACCCAUAAUGCUUUGAGCUGAUGAUGAAAUCAGUAACAGUAAGAUGUUAUAGAGUCUCUUCUUUUCUCUUCAUGACAUUAAUACUGCAGCUGAACUUCUGUCAGUGAAAUAACAUUUCAGAAUAAAUGUGUGUAAUAAAUCCUCAUAUAGACAGUAAGGCUAUGUUCACACUUGGUGUCUUUUUUGAACUAUCAGCGUCUGUUUCACAUUAUUCUCCUAUGGACUAAAACAUGUUUUCCAAAAAGCCCUAAGCACUUUUUUUAAACGCCACCACCGGUGAUUUAAAGUUCUGAUCUGAAUCAAAAGAUAUGUGAUACGUCAUCCCGAUUAGACAGUGAAUUAUUUUGUGAUGCAGUGUUUUACUGAUUCUGAAUUCUGAAAAGCUCCGUUUCAGCUAACCACAUUAUUUUUCCCGUAAGAGCGGGCAUGUAAUAUAUGGUUAUAAAUAUAUAUAUAAAAUAAAUGGUUCUUUUAAUUUGACCCGGUUUUUGUUAGUGAACCACUUGAACUAAAUGAUUGAAGUCACAAUUUUGAAUCAAUCGGAGCGGUUCCAGCAAACAUGACUCACUCAAUUCAUUGAUUCCGUUAAUCUGUUCCUCUUUUCACGUCUUCAGUCAUGUUUACAUGACAUUGUCCUCUACUACUGGCUUAGCUCACUAAAAAUAAGCAAAAAAUACGCUGCCUUAAAAUUUUAAGUUCAAUCAACUCAAGUUUAAUCAACAUGAAAUACUAAGUGAAUUUUUAGAUAUUUGAGUUGACUUAACAAAAUUGGUUUGUUAAACUUAAAUGCUAGUUAAGUUAUCUAGCUGCCUUCAAAUUUUAAAUUCAAAUUAACUCAAAUAUCUAAGUUGUCACUUAGUACAACUUAACAUUUCAACUUUUUUUGAGUUGACUGAACUUAAAAAUUUUAAGGCAGCCAGGUAACAAAUUAUUUUACGUUGACUCAACAAAUUUCUUUUUACAGUGUAUGACGUUUUUUAAUUGUUGAC